CUGUUCUAUCUAUUUAUAAGUUUUCCUUUUAAAUGUGAAAGUGUAAAUAAUAAGUGUUAAUACUUUUUUCCUAGGUGGUGUCCCAAGUUAUGUCUCUGUCAUUGGCCGUCUUGUUCAUUUCUAUUGAGGCAGACAUGCCAUGUGUGUUUGUGUGUGUAUUGGGGGAGUUAUGAGGGUGCUCAAAGAAGGAGGGGCCUGAGUGAACUCUGUCUGUCCUCAUUGGUCGAUACAGGCCCUCCCUUCUCCCUUUUAAAAGCCUGCUUUCUCACCUGAGAUACAAAAGAGCUGCAGCUCCUUGCCCAUUCACUUGUCUGUCAUCUAUCUCGAGAUUAAAUUUAUACGAAAAAAGAAAAUAAAGGAGCAAUCCAGGAACCUCUUAAAGGAACUUUUGAUUGAGUCUAACAACGUCUAGCCGAGGUUGAGGAAGAAGCACAUCACCGCCUUGUGAACUGUAAACCCUGAGACCUUAGAAAAACGGACCUUCCCCGCCUCUCGCCCUGCUGUGCACAACUAUGCCGGGAUCCGUGGAUCGUAUGGAGCUAAGGAAAGUCUCCACAGAGGCCGACGAUGACAGCAACGACAGCCUGGACGACCGUUUCACGGAGCCUAUCGACGCAGAGAAGGCCACCAUCGACAGCCAGUUUAUGGAUGACAACGAAGACGGAGAAAGCCAGAAGUUCCUGUCGAAUGGGUUGAUGAAGAAGAAGAAAUAUGAGGAGUACCACGAAGAAUAUCAUCCCGGCCACACCUCCUUCGGGAUGUCGGUCUUCAACUUGAGCAACGCCAUCAUGGGCAGCGGCAUCCUGGGCCUGUCCUUCGCCAUGGCAAACACCGGCAUCGUGCUCUUUACAAUCCUCCUCAUCGGCGUGGCCAUCCUCUCCCUGUAUUCUGUGCAUCUGCUCCUUAUGACAGCUAAAGAAGGAGGAUCCCUCAUCUACGAGAAGCUGGGAGAGAGGGCAUUUGGUUGGCCUGGAAAAAUGGCAGCGUUUGGAUCCAUAAUAAUGCAGAAUAUUGGAGCCAUGUCCAGCUACCUCUUUAUCGUGAAGUAUGAGCUACCCGAAGUCAUCCGAGCAUUCUUGGGUUUAGAGGAAAUCACUGGUGAAUGGUACAUGAACGGGAACUACCUGGUGGUGUUCGUGUCGAUCGGAAUCAUUCUGCCUUUGUCUCUUCUUAAAAACCUGGGCUACCUGGGCUACACCAGCGGCUUCUCUCUUUCCUGCAUGGUCUUCUUCCUCGGGGUGGUGAUCUACAAGAAGACCCAGCUGCCCUGCCCUCUUCCUUUCUUCUACCACCACUCGUCCAACCUCAGCAUGAACGCCUCGGUCAUGCCGGGGCUGUACCCGCCGCUGAACAGCUCGGCGCACAUGGAUUUCUCCCGGGCCGACGUUUCCCCGGCGGUGCCCGGCAUCCACGACGCUCACCACUCCACCGGCGUCCACGUCGAGCCCCAUCCCGACGACGAGGAGAUGUGCACGCCCAAAUACUUUGUCUUCAACUCGCAGACGGCAUACACUCUUCCCAUCCUGGCCUUCGCCUUCGUCUGCCAUCCUGAGGUCCUGCCUAUCUACAGUGAGCUGAGAGAUCGCAGCCGGAAAAAGAUGCAGAACGUCUCCAACCUGUCCAUCUUGACUAUGCUCAUCAUGUACAUGCUGUCGGCGCUGUUUGGCUACCUCACCUUUUAUGAAAACGUGGAGGCAGAGUUGCUCCACACCUUCACCAAGGUGUACAAGUUUGACACCAUGUUGCUGCUGGUGCGUCUGGCUGUCCUCACCGCCGUCACUCUGACUGUCCCCAUCGUGCUGUUCCCUAUACGCUCCUCCAUCAACACACUGCUGUUCAGCGGUCGAGAGUUCAGCUGGACUCGCCACAUGCUGAUUGCCGCCGCCGUCCUGGCCUUCAACAACAUGCUGGUCAUCUUCGUCCCCACCAUCAGGGACAUCUUCGGCUUCAUCGGUUCCUCUGCAGCCACGAUGCUCAUCUUUAUCCUCCCAGCUGCCUUUUACAUCCGCCUGGUAAAAUCAGUGCCGUUCCGCUCCCCGCAGAAAAUCGGGGCGUUCAUCUUCAUGGUCGUGGGAGUCGUCUUCAUGAUUGGCAGCUUGUCACUCAUCGUCCUCGACUGGGUGCACAACCCCCCAGGCUCCAGCGAUGGUCACUAAGAUCCCUCUUAGAUUCACAUUUAACAAGUGCAGCAAACCCCCUCCUCCACCACCCCCACCCCGACCAUCUCAGCUGGUCAAACAUCUGGGAACAGGGUUCAUCAGUGGUUCCUUUCAUCAAAUCACAAACAUCAAUCAUAAUCAUAUGGACAUAAUGUGCUGCACCGAGUUAAGACAUCUUCAGUUUUUUUCCCCUCAGAGAAUAUCACUGGAGGGAGACUUUUUUUGCUCGGUUUCUAUUUUUUUUGUCGUUGCUGUAAAAGUUCUGGAUGUGGCACAAACACAAACCGGGAGAGGGGGAAACACUCUGGUUUAAUGUGCCACCAAGACAGCCUGAAAAUCCUUGUCAUCUUCCUUAUUAUUUCCAGCUCAUGAAGAGACGGAACAAACACAAAGGCUACUGUGCAGCCCUCACCUGAAGCAGAUCUGUGAACUGAGAUUUGCAGGGUUGGAAAAAGACAAUGCAUGUCCCCUCAGUCCUCUGUGCACUUGAAGGAGACAUUUGGAGGCGGAGGUGUGUCGUCGUCCUCCGUGGAACAAGGAGCACUUCUAGCAUUACGUAUCACUUUGACUAGACAUAGUGAAACACAUCUACACCUGUAUUUUUCGGCCCAAAACAAAAAGGUUAAUCAAUAAUUGUUAAAAGUUUGUUUUUAUUUUUGCUGCUCUGCUACAUGUUAACAAUCAGAAGCUUUGCCAAAGUCUACAUGCACAUACAGUUUUAAGUCGAUCGGGUUCAUGCACUCUCUCAAGGAUCUUCCUUGCCGGCUGUUUUCAUCCUGGAAGCGAGGAGAUGCUUUCAGUAUUACUGUCACAGAGGGAUCUGAACAUGCAAGGUAUUAAUGUACAUAUUUAAGUGUGUCUACUGAAAAAAAACUUUACUCACUCAUACGGCUCUUUUCAAUUCUGCUAAGCGAUCAUUUCCGACAUGCAGUAUAUAAUAUACACCUGCUAAAUAAUUUAUUUGGCACGUCAUAUAGGUGUAAAUAAAACCAUAGGUUGUUAUUUUUUAUAAAUAAUCGGCAAAAAAAGUAUGUAUGAACAACUAUUUAUAAUAUGCAGCUUACAAAAAAUGCUAUUGGACAAUUAAAAAGUGAAUUAAAUUCAACCAAAAGAGCCAAACAUUUGUAAAAUUCAACAUGCCAAGAUUUUAGUUAAAUAUUUUCAUCUCGUGCCAUAGGCUACUAUCACAUCAUGCUGACAGAAAAUCCAUAUUCUCUCCAA